UUGAACGAUGAUCACCGCGCUCUCGCGAACUCGUGUAGGAUUUAUCAAAACAAUGAGCAAAAUGCUACUUUUACCGGCUUAACCUACUGCCUUGAUUUAAUAAAUGCAAGAGGUUCAUUUUGAAGUUGAAAUUCCGGUGAAGAAUAUAAUGGGAUUUACGAACACCAAGUUAAUUCAUUAAUCACCGCUGUUCAAACUUUCCUGAGGUGGAGGAGAUAACUUAGCUCUUUAACAGAAGAUGUUAUAAUGGGGGGUUCUUUUUGUAUCCUGCUCUUUUUACUACACUUCAAUGAGGGAAUUCACGGAUUACGGUUCACCAAAAACCCUUCCAACCAAACGGUGACUCAGGGUAACAUGGCCCGUCUGGGCUGUGCCUUUGAGGGUUUGAGUGAACCAGAGAUCAUCUGGAUGAAGUACGGAGAGAAGAUCUACAGCACUGAUCAGAUGUACAUCACACUGGAUGCACAUCACUGGGAGACCUUUCACAGUGUUAAAUCGGUGCAGCAACAAGAUGCCGGGAAGUACUGGUGUGAGGUUGAAUAUCACGGCAGGAUCAUUUCCUCAGAGCCUGCUUGGAUUACAGUAGAAGGUGUGCCUCAUUUUGUGGUGGAACCCAAGGAUGUGGCUGCAUUUGCAGGGGAGCCCUUCAACCUGACGUGUGCUGCAUCAGGUCCUCCAGAACCUGUGGAGGUGCUGUGGUGGCUUGGAGGCGAACAGAAGGGGGAUUUCACACCCUCCCCCUCAGUUCUCUUUGUUAAAGGUGUGAAUGACAGUAUAAAGUUUUACUGUGAGGCUAAGAACACUCGAGGCAUCGCCGUGUCACGCACAGGCACAGUGCACAUUAAAGUCUGCCCUGAUUCCCCCAAGGACGUCAAGGUACAUCAUGUGUCUGAUCUUAAUAUAACCUUAACAUGGAGUCCAGGUUUCACUGGGCACUCACAGCUUUCCACCUGCACUAUACAGGUGUCAAAGGGACCUGGAAAGAAGGUAAAACUUCCUGAUGUGGAUGUGGUAGUUCCACCCUUCCAGCAUGUGUUUGAGGGACUCAGCAGUUACUCAAACUACAGUGUGAGAAUCCGGUGUGAUAACGAGGUGGGCUCUUCCCCCUUCUCUCCCUGGGUGGACUUUCACACUCCAGAGGCAGCACCAUCAGCAGCUCCAAAGAACUUUACCUUUGAACUCAGCGAGCAUCAGCUCACUCUGUCCUGGGCGGCACUGGAUCAGGAGGAGCUACGUGGAAGGUUACUGGCAUAUAAAGUGCAGUGGAACCAGGGAGGAGAGAGUCAGGAUCCCUUACUUUUUAAAGACAACAUUGCCCGUCUCUCGGGUGCAGGGCGCUUCUUUAACGCCACCUUCCAGGUUGCAGCAUGCACAAUGGCAGGAUGUGGCCCGUGGAGUCAGCCUGUUCUCGUGAUGCCCGUGUCAGCCAUGCAGGCUCAGACUCAGAGGGGCCACAUGUGGGUGGGGCUGCUUUUCGGCCUUCUUGUGGCCACCAUGGUGGGACUCCUGUUGAUUGUACUGGUGCACAACAGAGGCAAAGAGACCCAGUUUGGGUCUGCAUUUGCAGCUUCGGGGACAGAUGUGCCAGUUUCCUUUACAGCUGCCAGGUCCUUCAACAGGCAGUUCCCUGAGCCCCCAGAAUCCACAUUGGACAGUCUAGGAAUCAACAGUGAUUUGAAGGCCAAGUUACAGGAUGUUCUCAUCUCUGAAAGGCUAUUAACUCUGGGACGCAUGCUUGGAAAAGGUGAGUUUGGCUCUGUGAGAGAAGCGUUUCUCAAAUCGGAAAAUAACUCUGGGCAGAAGGUUGCUGUGAAAGUCCUAAAAACUGACAUUAACUCAUCCAGUGACAUUGAGCAAUGUCUGAAAGAGGCUGCCUAUAUGAAAGACUUCCAUCAUCCCAAUGUCAUUCAGCUCAUUGGUGUGAGUCUGCACAAGAGAGCCCAGCAGCGGCUACCUGUUCCUAUGGUGAUCCUGCCCUUCAUGAAACAUGGAGAUCUCCACACAUUUCUUCUCAUGUCACGCUUCGGAGAUGAACCUUUCACUCUGUCUCAGCAAAUUCUUAUCCAGUUCAUGCUGGAUAUUGCUCGAGGGAUGGAGUAUCUAAGCAGUAAAAACAUCAUCCAUCGGGAUCUGGCUGCUCGCAACUGCAUGUUGAAUGAAAACAUGAGUGUGUGUGUAGCAGAUUUUGGUCUCUCAAAGAAAAUCUACAGCGGUGACUACUAUAGACAAGGAUCUGUCUCUAAGUUGCCUGUAAAGUGGAUUGCUUUGGAAAGCCUGGCAGAUAAUGUCUACACAACACAGAGCGAUGUGUGGGCAUUUGGUGUAACCAUGUGGGAGAUCAUGACUAGAGGCCAAACACCUUAUCCAGGGGUGGAGAACUCAGAAAUCUAUGAGUAUCUUAUCAAAGGAGAAAGACUCAAACAGCCUCCUGACUGUCCUGCUGACAUUUAUGAAAUCAUGCAUAGCUGUUGGUCUCCUGUCCCAAAGUGUCGUCCUAGUUUCCAACACCUCAUUGACCAGUUGGAGCUCUUGUGGGCAAAGCUGAAUCCAGCUCCUGUAAAAGAACCGCUGCUGUAUGUGAACCUGGAGGAAGAGGAUGGAGAACAGGCCUCUGGGCCGGUGGCAGAUGCCGGGACCCGUAGUAGUGAAGAGCCCUCAUGGGGGGUACCUUGGCAGUGUGUAGGUAUAGAGGAAGAUGAAAAGGACUGGUUAAUGGUGUCAUCAGGAGCUGCUCUUGCUAUUGGUGGAGACUACCGGUACAUCAUCGGCCCACAUGGUAGCGUCAUUGAUGAAGAAAGCAGGCACUCUGACGACGGCCUGUCUGAGGAUGUCAAGGACGAGGAAGAGGAUGUUAUCAUUAAUGUGUGAUUUUUGUUGUCAUUUUUCCCCAUGCUUACAUAAUCUAGUAGAUAAUGAUUGCACAACUUGUAAAGACUCUUGUAAAAGAACAGUGAGUCCGUAAAAACAUUCCUUUGUCGGUUUACUGGUGAAAUUCCAGGAAUAAUGCUUAACACAAAGAGCUGUUCUCCAUGCUAACUCUAGAGGCAUGACGUGGACGUACAAUCAGCUGCUAAUACCUUUUAGAAACAUGAUUUGACACCUUUAUUUCAAUGGUAAUUACUAAUUAUGACUGUAGCAAAGCCAGUGUUUCAACAAAUGUGAUUUUUGAAGUGUAAAAUAUACAUCUUUGUGUAAAUGUGUUUUUGCAGGUACAGUGCCGGCAUUUUUUGUGUGUUUUGUAUGUGUGAAGUGUCAGUCACAUCCUGGGACUCACAUAUGUGGUGCCUUUGUUUGCAAACAUUUCUGCACAUUUGUUACGUUGCAAGAAGAAAUUAUUUUGGAUUUAUAAUGCAUACUAUGACAUAAGCUCAGAGUGUCAUUGUUAUAUUUGUACUUAAAGGAACGUUCUGGGCUAAAUACAAGUUAAACUGUGUAAGCUUACUGAAUUAUGGAAGUGUUUUUGCAGGGGGAAAACACGUGAAAGAUUUGCCAUCAGUUUCACUAAUGAUAAUAAUGCCAUAGAAAAUAAGAGCUUGUAAAAACGAACAGAAAUGUGUUGUGUACAUGGAGCAAUUGCACUAUAGAACUCCAUUGUAAGCAUGUUACCAUCAACACUUUUUUUUUGUUUGGUAGGGCGGAGUUAUUUUCUAUGGUUGUUGCUUUUAAACCAGAUCAUUCCGUUAGCCUGCACAGUAAAUCUUCUUUAAAGCAUUCUGAGGAUGGGAUAUCAAGGGACAACAGGUUUUAUUAUGUGCAAAUUGUUUGUCUUAUGCUGUGUGUUAUGAUUGCUCAAACAGCAAGAAUUGCAGCAUAGAAUGAAAGCUUGUUUUUGCUAAUUGUGUUUUUAAACCUGUUAAUGAGUUGUAAAUGAGCUGUGUGUACGAUCUCUUCAGUGGAUGUUUCUAAAAUCAGUAGAUUUUGUGUUUUAGUUCAUUACUGUACAACUCAGUUUUAGAGUGUUAGGUCGUGUAACAAACUUUCAUAUGUGUUGUGAAUAAAUCUGACACAUCAUUCAGUGUUAUUAACCCUUGUAAAGAGGGCUGCCUGCUCAUCUCAGAACAAUUAAAUGGGCAAAGAUGAUGUUAGCAUGAAAUACCUCCCAUGAAAUAUCAUAAAACUUGGAAACAGACUAAAAUGGGUUUAUUAUAAUUACAGCUAUACAGAUUUCAACCAUAGACUGUAGAUUUCAACACAGUCCAGACAGUGAACAAUACCUUUUAUACAAGCAAAAUGGGGAUUUUUGUUGUUGUUUCAGAGUUAUUACAAAUAGCAAGAAUGUUGCACAAAACAGCAAUGCCUGAGAUCUUGUUGUUGACCUUCUGGGUGGUGCUUACAAGUGUGAACUUGUAGAAUUGUUUUCCAGUUUGUUUCAUAAACUGUAGGCUAAAUAAAACAUUCAU